CGUCAAUAUAAAUUUGAUUUGAAGACUUCGAAGAACGUAUUUUUACGAUCAUCGCGAAAAUGAAGAUUUUUUACAAAAUCGCAUUCAUUGUGAUACUUCUGGUAUUCGAGGCGGUGUCUUUACUGAAAGGUGAAGAUUGUAUGGUGGGGAUGACGUGUGGAAAUCAAAUGAUGUGGAGAAAAGUUCCGACUUGCGAGCAGGAUGAAGCAGAAGAAAUGAAGAUCAAGUCAUUGGAAGAUCGAGUAAUGAACUUGUCAGUCGUAUUAACUCAGCUAGAAAACAAGUUGCAACAAUCGCUAGAUGUCAGCACAGUUCCGGCAGCUAUUCAAGCGACCACUAUGAAUCAGGAUCUUGAAAUAAGUACAGGUACGUUUCUCUAAGCCAGGGAUUCUCAACCUUUUUCCUGUUAAAUACCACCGAGUCGUGAAACAA